AACCACUAGUCCCAGCAGAUGGGUGCAUGGUGGAAAACUCAGGAAGCUGCCCUGUUCAUCUUCACAAACCCAUAAAUGGUUGGAAAAGAGUGGUGCACAGACAGGGUCCCACGAUCUUUGCACUGGGAGUAUCUUCAGUUCUGUGGCAACAAACUAUACAAUGUAGGGUACCCACAACAGGAUGGUCUGUUAAUUUUACCUAUGGCUCCAUGGAAGUGGGCAAGGAGGUCAUAAGAGCCAAUAUCCAACUCACACAAAGAUCUGUGGACGUGGUACAGUAA